CCAGAACACCUGAUCUAGCAAAUAGGGUUGGAGAAGGAGCUAGGACACAGUGAAGAAGCGGAUCAGACCUUCCCCUCUUCACUCCAGGCUUUAAAUUAGAGGGGUCGCUAAGCAGGCAUGAUGACCGCCGUCAGGAGCCGCAGCGUCUAAUCCAUCUACGGUAACGUCCAGCUGAUUAACAAAUUUCGGAAGACGUUUUUACCCAGUCCAGGGCCUGGCACAUGGUAAGCAUUCAAUACAUGUUUCUUGAAAGCGCAGGGGAUGCUUUUUACACUGUAGGCAUCAAAGAGAUAUGAUAAUUUCAGAAUAAGGAUUCGUUAAGACUUCUGGCCAUAUUAGGACAAAGGAAGCAAACAUACAUUAGAAGUCACUAGAUUAAUUAAACAAAAAGGGAUACGUUUAGCUAUGAAGUUAGACUUGGUAAGUCUGUGAAUGGUUGCUGUUGGCUGUACAAACAUCAGUGUAGCAAAAUACUUGUUUCAGUGCCCACAUGGCAAGUCAUCCUUUUAUUUGCUUCUAUUUUGCUCAGGUGCCAUCAAAUGUUGAUUCUUCCGCUCCUCCCCCUUCCAUAUGCAGCAGGUUCAGCCCUAAAAAGGCAAAAACAAAGCAAAACAAAACAAAGACAAGGAUCACAAAGAGGGUGACGACAGAAAUGUAUUGUCUCAUAGUUCUGGUUGGAAGUCUGAAAUUAAGGUGCUGGCAGGGCCCUGCUCUCUCUGACUGCUGUUCUAGGCAAUCCUUGGCAGUCCUUGCCACAUAGAGAUAUCCCUCUGAUCUCUGCCUCUGCUGUCACAUGACUGCCUUCUCUGUGUGUCACUCCUUUCCUUCUAAGAACACUAGUUAUAUUGGAUUAAGGGCCCACCUACUCCAGGAUGACCUUAUCUUCAUGAAUUGCAUCUGCAAUAACACUGAUGCUGAAUAAGGUCGCGUUCUAAGGUGCUGGGUGUCAGGAGUUAUUUUUUGGGGGGACAGAAGAAACCCAUUCAAUUCAUAACAAGGAGGUUAACAGAAAUUGCUCAAAAAAGAAUUCUGGGGUCAAAUACAUUUGGAAAACACAUUUCUGUAGGGUUUUUUGGCAGUAGUACUUUGAGAGGGUCUUUAAUUUGUUCAUCUAAAGGGGAGCCACCAAACUGGGCCUGGAAUAUGCGGUCUCUCCCACAUGUUUGACUAUGGACUUCUUUUCACAGUGGAAUCGGUGUUCUGUGUGACACACAGAUCUCAGGCUCUGUGGGAAGCAGCAGCACCCCACUCCCUAGUUCCCUGUCCCUCUGCUUCUGCCUCUUACCUGCUAUGUCUCUUUGGGACAACUGCCUUCAUCUCUGAGCAGGGGUUUCCUCCUCUAAGACAGAGACAACAAUAUACUUUCCCCUAUGGGUUCCUCCUAAGAACCGUGUUAGAAGAAUUAGGCUGAAACACACAUAGGCCAAAACCUGGGGCAGAAGUAGCCCUUCACUUAAUAGUGGUUGUCUUUGUUAUGCUAAGCAGACAGCUGUGAAUUUCUUGGUAUUUUUAUCAAGGCUCUCAGGAAUAAUUCCUAAGCUAGGACAGUUUCCACUGGUAGGGUUUUCUUGUUCAUUUUCCUCUUUCUUUUACCAUUUUGUUUUUCUUUAGAUGAAUGAUUUUCUUUACGGUAAUUAGCAGCUACCUUGGCUAAAAUGUGAAACCCAACUGUAUUUCUGAUACAUCUCCAACAUUAGCAAAGAAUGGGCCAUUUCAUGCUGCAGUUCCUUAUUCUCAUCUUCCACCCCGGUGAGGGGAAGAGGGCGUGAUCACAAGAUCCCCAGCAGACGGGAAAUUGUGAAAGGGACCUCGCUCUAGAAAAGCAGCCCACAACGGCCCCAGCUUUCAGAGGACGGUGAGCUUCUGAGACGACUUGGCUGAGAGGGGACCAGGCCAUCUGUGUGCCCAUCUGACAUGGAGCCAAAGCGGAUCAGGGAGGGCUACCUUGUGAAGAAGGGGAGCAUGUUCAACACCUGGAAACCCAUGUGGGUUAUAUUGUUAGAAGAUGGAAUUGAAUUCUAUAAGAAGAAAAGUGACAACAGUCCCAAAGGGAUGAUUCCUCUGAAAGGAAGCACUCUGACCAGUCCUUGCCAGGACUUUGGCAAAAGGAUGUUUGUGUUUAAGAUCACAACCACCAAGCAGCAGGACCACUUCUUCCAGGCAGCCUUCCUGGAGGAGAGAGAUGGCUGGGUUCGGGACAUCAAGAAGGCUAUUAAAUGCAUUGAAGGAGGCCAGAAGUUUGCAAGGAAAUCCACCAGGAGGUCCAUUCGACUGCCAGAGACCAUUGAUUUAGGUGCCUUGUAUUUGUCCAUGAAAGACACUGAAAAAGGAAUAAAAGAACUAAACCUAGAGAAGGACAAGAAGGUUUUUAAUCACUGCUUCACAGGCAACUGUGUCAUCGACUGGCUGCUUUCCAACAAUUCUGUUCGGAAUCGCCAGGAGGGCAUCAUGAUCGCCUCCUCCCUGCUCAACGAAGGGUACCUGCAGCCUGCUGGAGACCUCUCCAAGAGCGCGGUGGACGGAACUGCUGAGAACCCUUUCCUGGACAACGCCGAUGCCUUCUACUACUUUCCGGACAGUGGGUUCUUCUGUGAAGAUAAUUCCAGUGAUGACGAUGUGAUUCUGAAAGAAGAAUUCAGAGGGGUCAUUAUCAAGCAGGGAUGUUUGCUGAAGCAGGGGCACAGGAGGAAGAACUGGAAAGUGCGGAAGUUCAUUCUGAGAGAAGACCCUGCGUAUCUGCACUACUAUGACCCUGCCGGGGGGGAAGAUCCCCUGGGAGCGAUUCACUUGAGAGGCUGUGUGGUGACCUCAGUGGAGAGCAACACAGAUGGCAGGAGGAGUGAGGAAGAGAACCUCUUUGAGAUCAUCACGGCCGAUGAAGUGCACUACUUCUUGCAAGCGGCCAACCCCAAGGAGCGCACUGAGUGGAUCAAAGCCAUCCAGGUGGCCUCCCGGACGGGGAAGUGAGGACAUGCCUGCAGCUCGGCACCUGCCUCCCAGGGAACCACAUGGAUAAGCUCAAUCCAGGACCAGGCUACUUCUGUGACAGAUCCCACGAGAAAGGGCCCAGGGGUGGGACAUUGUCAUCUGCAGGGGGUCCUGGAGGUAACUAACCCUGUGGUGUGUGAUAUUCGCCUGCACUGACCACAUGGCUCGCUCAAGCCUCUCUGCCAUCCUCUGUGUCCCCCAGGCAGACAUGACAAGCUGUGUGGCCUGGGACACUGUUUACCUGCUCCAAGUCUCCGGUUCCUCCUCUGGAAAAUGAAAGCGUUGAACUAGGAGAGCCCUGAGGUCCUCCCUUGCUUCAAACCCCAAAGCCUCUCGAUUCUCAUACCCAUGGCAGUGCAGCCGGUGUCCCUCGGUGCUCAGGUUUUGACCUUGCCCUUCAGAACUGGAAGCAACUCUUCCCUUUGAAACCAUUGCCCCUCUGUCUUAAGAGUGCUAAGGAGCAAACCUCUGUGGUUCCCCUCUGUUUCCUUCCCUCGAUAUUGGCCACGAGAUCACACAUCAGUGUCAAGGACAAGUCUCGUCUUCCUUUCUUGCGCUACCCAGAAACUCCCUGAGAGCCAGCUCCCCAGUGGUGGCUUUUAGCUUGAAGCCUUGUGGCUACAGUCUGAAAAGUUCUGAGAAAAACAUCUGAGGAAGUCAGGAGUUGCCCAAGCCCUCUCCACCCACAGAAGCUGCCCAGAGCAGGUGUGUCCUGCUCCCACUGGAGGCUGGUCUGGCAAGGGGCUACGUUUGACCCCUUCCAGAUCAUUUCUCUUUUUUUCCCCCUAAUUAUGACUAGGAACUCCAAAUCUGCAAGAUUCUGUUUCAUUUGAGGGUUUAUAGAAAAAAGUGGCUGGAUGGGUUUUCUCUACGGGGUCUCUCCGUGGGUGAGGGGGCUGGGCAACUCCUUGGCUGAUGCCCUCCUCCCCCAGCUCCAGCGGGUGGAGGAGCUGGACCCCAGGCCGGCUGAUGGGAUGAUGGGUUUGUACAAAGAUGGAUUUGACUUGCACCUACACAAUGUGUGGUGGUGGCCAACACACUGUGCUGUACCUUAGUCACUGAUAUUGGGGUUGAGCCUGAGUUUUAAGCAUGUGCUGUUGCAGCUCCUGCUUCACCUCUGAAGGGCCUCACAAACCCAUCAUCAACCAGGGGGAUCUGACCAAAUCAAAGGAGGUACCACCUUCCAAUGUUUAUCCCUGCCCACGUACUAGUGAUUUGAAACCAAAAUGGAGAAAGAAACCAGGUAUGUGGGUGAAGGUAUAUUUUCCAACUUCAGAAGUUUAAUUUUAAGGCCGUAGUGAGGAAAGGGGAGUAGAAAAUUCUUCCUGAUUGUAUCGGCUCCUCUCUUCCCUUUCCCCCCAAAUUCCACACAACCUCCUUCGGGCUCUUCCUACCCCCAGAUUCUUUUCUCAGUGGCCAGGAGGUUCAAGGGGUAAAAGACCACCUUUUCUCUGAUUCUUUAGUAAAUCAUCUUAGAACAUGCACCGUAGUUUUCCCACAUUCAGUGUUAAAUGUAUUUAUUCAUGUGGCAUCACUGUUAAGUUUUGAAAUAAAUAUUUACCUUGUUGAUGUC